AUGAAGGCAUUAGUGCUCACCCUCCUCUUCAUCCUCGUUGCAGCCAAUGAAGCCAAAGUAUACUCCAAAUGUGAACUGGCUUCACGUCUGAAACAAAGUGGUAUAGAUGGGUAUUAUGGCUUCAGCUUGGGUGACUGGAUCUGUAUGGCUUAUUAUCAGAGCAGAUACAACAGCCGAUUUUUGGGGCCUCAAACCUCAGAUGGCAAUCGCGAAUAUGGGAUUUUCCAGAUAAGCAGCCGUUGGUGGUGCAACAAUUACCAAGGUCCCACAGCCAAUGGCUGCAAUAGGCCUUGCAGUGCUUUCCUAACUGAUAACAUCGCAGCUGAUAUUGCUUGUGCUAAGAGAAUUGUGCGUGAUCCAGCAGGGAUGAAUGCCUGGGCUGCCUGGAAAAAGUACUGCAAAGGAAAAAAUCUGUCACAAUGGACCAGUGGCUGCCGACUCUGA